CAGUAACUUCGCAGUGGUAAUGGAACUGAAGAUAACUGAUCUCUGAUUAAAUAAACAGUAUGGAUACUGGUCACCGACUAACCUGUACCAUUUAUAAAGCAACAAAGAGGCAAAGGAGGAUGGGCGUUAACCUCUAAUCUCUCCUGGCCGUCUAAUCAUUGCAUGAUUUUAGAAGAACGAUGGUUGCCUUAUGAACAAUACGAUAUAAUGCAACACAUUUGAGAAAGAAUGAUGGAAGAGAGUGAAGUAAAGAUAAAACUUAUGACUGAACUGGCAAAUGUACUCAAACAGGCAACAUUUGAGUAUCCGUCCGGCGAUGCACUCUCUAAGGAGUCUACUCAAAUACUUUGUAAUACGGUUGAAGCACUGUUCAUUCAUGGCUUGAAGACAGCCUUCUUCCAGAAAAAACCAAGAAGCUCAAGGUAUCCUGAACCGAAUUUCUGGCCCUUUGUAAGCAAAUAUACACAUAAAGCAGUAUUGGACCAGAUAGCUACAUCGAAUCAAAUAAAGACAGAAAUAGGGAAGUCACGGGCGUGGGUCAGGAUACUUUUAAAUGAAAAUACAAUGGAAAAUUAUUUGAGCUUACUGUCGCAUAAUAAUGUUACUUUAAGCAAAUUUUACGAGAAAUGGGCAUUUCUGAGAGAUACUGAACGUAUGAAUAUACUGUCAGGUUACACGAAGGGACUGACGAGACUGACUGUCGAGGCACCUGUGAAUAGUUUCUCUCUUAACACUUGGACUCCCACGCCACUGAUACUUUCUGGUUUGAUAGCGGGAGAACCCGCAAGAUUGAAACAGUUAGUAAAGUGUCGUUGUCGUGGUGGUUCGCUGAACAUGCUUGAGGAUACAGAGCUUGCCGAAAAUGCAUUGCAGUCCCUGUGCGGCUCAACAGAAAUAUCUACUUCUUCGUGCGCAGUAGAUUCUGAUACUGGACGAGAAGCUGAUGUGGCUUCCGUUUAUUCGCAUCCGUCAAUGCUUGAUGGAGAGAACAUUCACCUCCCAGCUCUAAAUUCAGCAAGUAGUACUAUACUUUCAUAUCCAGUCCCGGAAGACACUAUCAUACGAGUAACUAGAGGUAUCUGUCGUCGUGUUAGGCAUUCAUCGAAGAGUAGCACUGUUGGCGGUUCAUCGAGUUCCAGAAAUGAGUCCAUAUCAGCUGUAGUCAGAGAGUCACAUGAUGUUGAAGAAGUUGGGAAAAAAAUGGAAAAUCUCGUAGAACCUUAUAACGAUGUACAACGAAUUUCAUCCCCAAUCUGUACGCUAAGUAACGAAAACAGAGCAAACCACGAUCAGUGGAACGGAGCUUAG